AUGGCAACCAAAGAGGGCAAACAGUGGUGGGAUCCAUAUGAAACAUCUCAUAGAAGACAAUUCGUCUACCGGCCAAGGUCAGCUGCAGAGAUUCUGCUGUGCCCAACGUCAACUUCAUUUAAAGACUCCUAUUCUGGACUUUUUGGUUCAACUGUGUACAACAAGGAUUUUAGCUGGAAGCCACCAUGUAAACCUGAAUGCAUUCGCACAGGAACAGCCUCGGGGCAGAGGAGAAACAACCCGCAUCCCAGUCAGUCUUUCAUGAUGUGGAAGCUGCCUAGAGAUGGCUCACGAAGCUCUGAGUACGUCGGAUUCCCUUGGAAAUGUCCCCCAUCUGAGGGGGAGAUGCAUAAGGCCUUGACAGCACAGUACAGCUCCAUCUACAGAUGUGACUACAUGGGUAUGCCUCAAGGACAUGAUCAUAUUAAUAAUGGAGAAGGAAGACUUGCACGUCGGUACAACAGGCCUGAAAUGCCACUUUCUACUGAUACAGAGAUGAGGGACAAUUAUCGCCAGCCAAAGCAAAAGCUUGAACUGCUGGGCAACUACUCUUACUAUGGCUGCACAGAUCCUAACAGGGCCUGUCGGGGUAUAGUUCCAACUGUUGUGCAGAGACACACUCAGCAGAAAAGAUCAGAUUUGACAAACUACGACAGGUUUUGUGGAAAGAGAGUCACUAAUGUCACAAAUAUGAUCAAGUCUCUGCCGCCCCAGGAGCUGCAGCAGCUACACAGAACUUUACCCAAGGAGGAAAAGGAGGCUGUAAAAUCUGCCAUGAGUAGAAAUGCUUAUCCAACCAACGGGGAUCAAGUCAAUAAGCCCCCACCAGUUGUGCUUCAUUCCUGCUCACCAGAGUGGAUAUCAAGUUGGCCAGGACCCCUCUAAAUCUUAUUGCUGAUGGUAGUAAUUUGUUUAUCGGUCUUUGUAUUUGAUGUUUUAUGUAAUCUUUUUCAUGAUAAGGACAAU